GAAAGUGACUGCAAUGAACAGUCCUAACUGCGGAGUUUCGGAUGUCUCAGCAAGGAACAACUAAAAUAAAACAAUAGCAGAGAAAAAUACAGCCAUGGCACGAUAGUGCGCGUCACUUCCAGCAGACCGUGUACUUGGGUCUGUCUGAACUCCCAUCCAAGUGGCACAGAGCAUCUCGACGACAAAUCGCGUGGGAUUUGCAAAGUCCCUGGUUAAUUCAGUAGGAUUACUAGAAGGACUUGAACCGGAUGGAUUCCGCUUGAUUAGCAUCUAUCCGAAGCAGAAGAAGCCACACAGCCAGCACACUUCGUGAAGUUUCACGGCGUCACGCAACUUGGGUGCCAGCUCUGUCGAAGUGUGGGGAAUGGAAACUGCAGCAGGCGGAACAGCGGGCAUUUCACACAGGGGAAAUUAACAGGGUUUUGGCAUUGACCUUGAGUUCUAGGGGAGGGUCGGUGCUCGUCCUCAGGAGAUACCACCAUCUCUUAUUUUUUUUAAACAGAGCAUUUAUUUCCUUAAGCCAUGUGCACCGAGGGUUUCCAGUACCGGGCUCUGUUUGAGUACAAGAAGGAGCGGGAAGAAGAUAUCAACCUUUUGCCGGGUGACCUGCUCACCGUUAGCAAGUCGGUGCUGCUGACUGCCAAUUAUCAGGAAGGGGAUGAGAAAAAUCCCAAAGGGUGGCUAAAUGGAGUUAACGAAAGAAAUAAGGACAAAGGAGACUUUCCUGGGACCUAUGUCGAGUUCGUUGGACCGAUUCGAAUUGUGCCUCCAACUCCCAAGCCAAGACCGAGACCUGUUCCUCCGACCCCCAGCGGCUCGGCAGCGGCCAGUCCGGUUCCACUUUCUGUUCCCUCGGGGCAGGAGCUAACUGAGCUGUUAACUCUGCCAGAUCAAGCACCGCAGAUUGUGAUGAAGCUGAUUGAGGCCUUGGAAAAGCAAGGUACAGAAAGUGAAAGCCUCUACCGGCCUCCUCCUGGCUCACACAAUGGCUUGCAGAUCAAGGAAGCUCUUGAAAUUGAUAUGGCAGCUGUUGACAUCGAUCAAUAUGACAUCCACACCAUUGCUGAUGCUCUCAAGCAUUACUUACGAGGGUUGCCUUUACCUGUGAUUCCACCAGCUAUUUACAGUGAGCUAGUCUACACUGCCCAAGAAACCCAGAACGCUGAUGAGUGUGUCCAACAAAUCAGAAGAAUUGUGGAAUCUCCCAGCAUGCCUCUGCCACACUGCCUUAUCCUGCAGCACCUAGUGAAGCACUUUUGUAAGGUGUGUCAGUAUGAAGGUGCAAACCGUCUCACACCAAGGCUUCUGGGCGAAAUCUUCAGUGAUGUCUUGUUUAGGCAUUCACUCUCAAGUGCUGAUGUGAAUCCAGAGCUCCACGUUAAGAUCAUUGAGGCGCUUAUCAUGACGGGAGGUUUGGCUGAAAUGCAAGUAGCACCAGCUCUUCCUCCAAAGCCACCUAAACCUAUGAUGUCAUUAUCUGCCAAUGGAAUCAAAGACAGUGGAAGCAUAUCUCUACAAGAUGCUGAAUGGUACUGGGGAGACAUAUCUAGAGAAGAGGUGAACGACAAGCUACGUGACAUGCCAGAUGGUACAUUCCUAGUACGGGAUGCUUCUACCAAGAUGCAGGGAGAUUAUACUUUGACCCUCAGGAAAGGAGGCAAUAACAAGCUAAUCAAAAUAUACCAUCGAGAUGGAAAAUAUGGCUUCUCUGACCCGCUCACUUUUAACUCAGUGGUGGAGCUCAUUAACCAUUACAGACACGAGUCCCUUGCCCAGUACAACCCAAAGCUAGAUGUGAAGUUAAUGUAUCCAAUCUCAAAGUUCCAGCAGGAUCAGGUGGUGAAAGAAGAUAAUAUUGAUGCUGUUGGCAAAAAACUGCAGGAAUAUCAUAACCAAUAUCAGGAUAAGAGUAAAGAAUAUGACCGGCUUUAUGAAGAGUACACAAGGACGUCACAGGAGAUACAAAUGAAGAGAACUGCAAUUGAAGCCUUUAAUGAAACAAUAAAAAUAUUUGAAGAACAGUGUCACACUCAAGAGCGUUACAGCAAAGAAUACAUUGAGAGAUUUCGCAGGGAAGGGAAUGAGAAGGAAAUUGAACGGAUAAUGAUGAAUUAUGAAAAACUCAAGUCUCGUCUUGGGGAGAUUCAUGACAGCAAGAUGCGCCUCGAACAAGAUCUGAAGAAACAAGCAUCUGAUAACCGAGAGAUUGACAAGAAAAUGAACAGCAUAAAGCCAGACCUUAUUCAGCUGCGGAAGAUCAGGGAUCAGUACCUUGUAUGGCUCAAUCACAAAGGAGUGCGCCAAAAACGAAUAAAUGACUGGCUUGGAAUCAAAAAUGAAAAUACAGACGACACAUACUUCAUGACUGAAGAAGACGAAAACCUCCCUCACUAUGAUGAGAAGACGUGGUUUGUGGGAGCCAUUAAUCGAACACAAGCUGAAGAUUUGCUUCGAGGAAAAUCAGAUGGUGCCUUCCUAAUCAGAGAGAGCAGUAAAAAAGGCUGCUAUGCCUGUUCGGUGGUUGCUGAUGGAGAAGUAAAACAUUGCGUGAUUUAUAGCACGCCAAGGGGUUAUGGAUUUGCCGAACCAUACAAUUUGUACAGCACGCUUAAAGACCUGGUGUUGCAUUAUCAACAAACUUCACUGGUCCAGCACAAUGACUCUCUGAAUGUGAGACUGGCUUAUCCUGUCUACAGUCAGAUGCCCUCUCUGCGCAGAUGAAUGUUCAAGAGUUGGCCAUGAAAGAUUACAGAAUACUGAGGGCAUUGUACUUGGCUGCUUUUGCACAGUGAGUACAGAAUGUGAAUCAGGACAGUGGUGUACUCAGAGUUCAGGUGACCUGGUGCUACCUAAACUCCAACUGUGACUUUGUUUUCAAUCAGAGAGAAACAAAAAAAAACUGGAAAUGUAUCUAAUAUUUUUCUUUUGGUUUUUGUUUUGGUGUCAUUCGUGUGGAGCUGAAACUUUAGUCCAAAUAAUCUGGUGCUGAUGGCUCUGGGCUAUUCAUCUUACGAGUUUAAAAUUCUCCAGCUUUCAGAUGUUCUUUUUCAUGGAACAGCCAGUAAGAGCUCUGAUAGUCUUAACUUCAAAUCUUUACAACAUCUAGUGCAACUCUUACAAGAGACCCAAUGUAUGAAGAAGACUUAUUUACGUUUUUAGUUUAGUCAACAUAUUCUUCUUGAACUAGACUCGACCAGAUUAUCUGAUUUCUUUCACUCGUUGGAUGACACUGAACUUGGUGUGAAAGAAGACCAAAGGCAUUCAGGAGAGCUUCUGACAAAAUAAACUCUUGAAAUUUGGAAAAAAAAACGUUGCACAAUGGGUCGCUUUUCAAUGUACUGGAGUACAAGUAAAAAAGAAAUACAAAUAAAGAACAUUUUAUGGCUUCUGUGACUCUAGAGCUCUUCACAAAAAAUAUAACCAAAAUGAAAAGACCAGGGCAUCUUUUGAUGUUGGUUUUAGCACUUAAUAUUCAGUCAGAUGUCUGCAGCCGCACAUAUUUGCACCAAAAUUUGUGUUUUUAAAGAAUAAAAACACUAAUGCGUAAUGUUAUUAACAUAACCUUGAAAUUUUGCAGUUUUGUUUUGAUUAGUCAUACAUAACCCAUAAGGUAAGCUUCAGAUCUUAGUUGUAAGAAGGCACUUACUUUAAAGGUACUUAAAAUUUGAGUUAAGAGGGAAGUGAGCAUUGCUUGAAACAAAAUACUUUUGUUUCAUUGCUCAGGAGUGGAAAGUGCAAUUUGUAAUGCUUCUGGAUGGCAAAGAAAGAUCAUGUUGCUUAAAGGGAGUAUUGGGAAGAAUGGUUAUGGGAGUACUAAAUUGGUGGGUAGUUACAAUUCUAAUAGAAAACACAAGCUGAAUUACUUUUCAUAUUCAUGGAAUCAGAUUUAUGAAAUUUGGCUGGAAAUGUACAACAGUAAUUUUUUUGAGUUGGAUGGAAUUCUUUGUAGAUUAUGUGAACAAUUUAAGUGAAGCAAGAGACUACUUGUUAAAUCCACUGAGCAUGCUCCCUAAUAUACCAUGUUUUAAAAAUAUUAAAAAAAGUUGAGGAAGCAAGUCCCCUUAGAUGCACAGGGCAUUUUGUUUAGGUAUGUGCAAUUCAAAUUAAAAAACAUUUUACAGUUCUUUUUCCAAAAGAAUAAAAUGAUGGCAGCUAAUUUUCUGCAAUAAUUGUCUCUUUCUUGAAUCUAAUAUUUGCUUCAAAUUCAUUUUAGGAGCUGGAUCAGUCAUUUCAUAAUAUAUUUAGAAGUAUUUUUGACCUUUUCCUGUCUCCUGCCAAAACUUUGAGAUCUAGCACAGCUAGUUUUCUUGAGUAAUAAUUUGGUUCUCCAAAUUUUUCCCCUCUGUUGCACUCCCCUCUAUUACUCCAUUUAUGCACCAACAAAAAUACUGAAAAUGCUAUGUUCCUUUUUUGUUAUGAAUAAAAGCAAUGGGCUCUCUUUGAGAAACAUAAUUCUUUUGAAACUUACCUCCAGCAUUUAGAGAGAGCCAAGGUAAGUUUUCUGUAUUUCUGGUUCCUUUCCCAGAUAAUUUAAGAAUUUACAAAACCUAUUAAAUGGUCGGGAUUUCUUUUUCUAGCCAUCCAGAUGCGGUUGAUUUUAAAUAUGUAGCGGUUUUUGAUGUUGUUGCAGACAACUGAUGCACUAUGUAUCAAGUUAUUUUAACAGUGAAGUUGGCAGAAGUAGGGGCAGCUUAAAGUCUUGAGGGCAACUAGAACUAAAUAAAACAUUGAAGUUUUAUUUUGUAAGGAUCCCUGCUACACUGCAAGUAAUGGCAAAAGUAGAAUUAGCAUAUUAUUACUUCACUGUGCACAAGCUGGUACUUAUCCGGCAUAUAUGAACGGUGUGGCUGUUAACUGUUGCCCAUUUACUUAAAAAAAAAAAUCUUUUCAUGGUACUUAAGCAAUCUUAUUUCUGUUAUUGAAUGUUUUUAUUUGUACUGGUAAAGAAAGUUGGACCCUGGAGCAUAGUAGAACUUUGCUUCUUGGAUUCAUGGGAGGGGCUUGGGGAUGGUAUUAGUGGUAGUAGGUGAUUAUUAUUAAGUACUUCUGAAAGGUAUUAAACGGCAGAUGAGAAGCACUUAGACUCGAGUGUUCUUGCUAAUAUUCAGAUAAUGUUUUUAGUGGGUAUAUUGCAUUUUACCCUUUUCUGAGAAAGUGUUUAAACACCAAGUCUGGGUAAUUUGGUCACAUUUUUAGGAAAUGCUUUUAAUAUCAAAACUUUGCAAAUUGAGUCCUUUCGGAAAGUUGCAGGAAUAUUGAUUCGUUGUAUUGAUGUUAUGGAUGCCAAUACACAUUUUUAUUUAUCCCCUGCCAUCCAUAGUGUCUUGCAAAUAUGUGCAGUUUUAAUUAUUAUAAACAUGAAUAGGAAUGAUAUACAGUCCAUACCAAAUCUGCCAGUGAAGUGUUAUGCUCUGAGGUGUGGAUCAGCUACAGCUGGUAUUCUCCAGCUGGAUUUAAGUCUUCAGUUUGGAAUAUUUCCUCAGUUGUAGAGAAUUCCUGACAGAUGAUUGGAAGAAGUAAAGGAAAUUAAAAUGGAGAACAAUCUUGACUGCGAUUGGUGUUUAUUGAUGAUGACAUUAUUCUCCCGUCUGUCCAACUCUUGCAGCCAAUAGAGACAAUGGCAGAAAAUGAAGAAAAGAGGAGAUUUUUCAAAGUGCAGUUGUGAGUAGGAGUAGGACAUUGGGAUGGAAAAGAGUAGGAAUGUCCUGAAACUUUUAAAAUACUUUUUUACCAAUCAUGUUUAAUAAAAUGGCAAUAAAAUAACGUGCAGACUACUCAGAACAUGCUGUCAAUUUGUAUUGAGUUCAGUUAAGAUAAAUUUGAAAGUGCUAUAUUAAAAUUAAAAAUUGCAAUAUUUAACCUGAUUUUUCCAGAUGAAUAGUUCAAUCUAUCAUCAAUAUUUUUUUCAUAUGCUUAUGUAGUAGCCAACAAUUAAACAAAAUUUGAAAUAAGGUGCCAUAAGGGCUAAAAUAUAUCAUAUUUCUUGACUUGCUCUUAAGGAUUGUUUCUUUCCCACCUACCCUGUUCUCCUUCUACCCAUUCAAACUGCACAGACUGACUCUUCUGUGCCCAUAAUUGGUAGAAGGGGAGAUCAAACUCUCUUGAAGCUGUUGCUUCUGAGGAGGUGAAUGAGAGGGAAGGAAUGUGAAAUGGGAUGCUUUUUACCAAGGCACCUUAUUGCAGGCGACAUUCUGAUGCUUCCUUGGAACAAAUAAAUCUUUCAAGACAUCUUGAAGUUAUUAACAUACAUGAUUUGUAAUGAAACUACGUAAACUGGAAUACCUAAUGAAUUGUUCUUUACUGGGAUUAAAAUACUAACUCGAUGAAAUUUCUCAUAAACUGAGUGGGUUUGGGGAGAAAGCUUGGCAGGUGGAACUGGAGCUUGCAGCUAUAAAGGCCACUUCUUUACAUCGCCAUUUUACUUUAAAUGACCAAUGAUCUUGACUGAAGAAGUUUUAUUGUAGCAGAAAACAUGGUUUAUGAAGUGUUUUCAAUUUUACAGCAAAAUGAUUUUUAACAAAAUCCUUGUGUUAUUUGAAAGGGGGAAAGUUGAUUAAUUUCUGUGUUAUAUUUUGUAUUUUCAGUUAUUGUUUAAAAGCCAUAUCCAUUCACUUUUUGAAACUUCUCAAUUUUGAUUUUUAAAUAAAUUUCACCACUUUUGAACAUGAAAUAAAUAAUUAAAAGCCAGCAGGAAUAAAACAAUUAAGAGCACCUGGUUGCAUAGGAAUAUUUCAUCCUUUCAGUACUGGGAUCUUGAUUUGAAUGUAGUAUGAGCUGGUAGAAUGGACAUUGCCCUUUUGCCAUGUGCUAGGGAACAAAGUAAAAUGUGUUUGUUAGUUAAUGCUUAGUCCCCAAAGAACAGAGGUCUGGGAAUUAAAAUUACUUGUUAAUUGGUACCCAAUUAAGUAAUAACUGCUUGAACCACAAAGUGGUGAUGGUAUUGAAAAUGAAAUGUAUUAAAAUCUCAGAUUGAUAGGAGGUUGACAGGAAAGGAAUGGCGAUGAAAGCAUAGCAAAAGGAGUUUUACUGUAUAAUCUGGCAUAUUGUGCUUGAUUUGACUGUUUAAUACUGAUAACAAAGUGGUUUUCAUUCUUGUUGCAAUAGACAAAGCUGGCACAAACCGAGCCUUCAAAAUUGUGUGCAACUAGUAUUUCCCCUUCUCCCAGUGUAUGACUGUAGCAUCAAAUUAAGCAAAUGAGGAUGGAACUUAAACAUGUGCAUAGCUUACCAAAUUAAGUACCCGAAAAAAAUGGCAGAUAAACCUUAACUCAUAAGUGUGAAAAGCAUCGACGUUCUGCACAAAAUAAUAUUAAAACUGCAAAAGUUCUGUUUAAUUAAGGUCAAUAUCUCCAGUAAAAUAAUCACAUCAAUCCCUGCCAAAAUUAUUGAAAAAUGAAGCCCUUUAGUACAUUCCACUAUGGUAUUCUUAGUUCCAAAAUUUGGAAUGUGAUUUUUAAUCCACUGCAGUCUUUCCAAGUUGCUCAUUUAGCACUGAAUUAAAAGCUAUGUUGAGCUCAGUAUUCCCGUCCAUUAAAUUAGUUUGCACUUUGAGCUAUUAAUGCUGAUUGCAGAUUUAUUUGGGAAGGGAGAGGAAGUAAAUUUGUGUACUUUCCAGCAUUGCUAUCUACUGCUACCUGAUCUUUUGUAGCAUUGGUUUUCCUACACUUGUGAAGAAAGCACAUUUAUUUAUAAACAGUUGACAACACAGAAUUCCCAGCUUGGUAGAAACUCCUAAUGAUGGGACAAUGCUGUGAUUCCAGUGGCAUCGUCACCAAUUGUUGACUUAGUGUUGAUUGAUAACUUUUUAUGCCUUUCUAGUCAGUAUUGUAUUUGCACAUUUUUAUUUCAAAAUAAGUUAGGUGCAGAAAAGUGUGCUUUCAAGUUUUUUUUAAUGAACACUUUAAAAUUCUAGCCUGAUAUACUUGCCUCAUUUGAAUUAUUAUAUUCUUUGAUCAUUUUAAUUUUGGAUUGUUUUGGUUCUCUGCAGGACAGAAGGCUUACAUGAUUUGUUCCAGGCAGUGAAGUAAAAAAAACACAUUGUGCAUUCUUCUUUUCAAUUUUGCUCUCUCAUUUUCAUUGUGUCAUCACUUUCAAACUUUAUCUUUCUCUUGCUCAAAAAUUUCAUGUGGAAAUUUCAUGCACUUUUCAAAGACAAAAACCCAGCAUGUAACUUAAGUAUGUUGACUGUUGUAUCUGUGUAAUUCAACUUUGUUCUGUCUGUAAAUGGUGUAGUUUUAAUAUGAACUUAUGUAGCUUACAAGAAAAGGUCACAUUGUGCAUUACAACUAAUAGAGUAGCAUUUUGCUCCCAUUCCUGGUAUGUUAUACUUUACAGAAAACUGUAUCUGCACUAGGUUGUAUCAAUUGUGCAAAUCUGUUCCUAUUGGUCAUUUGUGACACCAAUAACAGGUCACAGCAUGUAUGGGAUUUUCUGCAUUAGAAGCAUUCUCUGUGUUUCACUCUACACACAGUAACUGCUACCGUCUUCACAACUGGUGAUAUUUUUCCUUUUUUUGUCAAGUUGCCAUAACUUCAUAUUAUUCAUCUAUCUUGAAGAAUAAAAAUGUAUUUUGUUGAGAAGCAGUGUGAACGGUUUAACUUUUUAACGAAAAUAAAACCGAUUUCACUUACUAA